AAAUGUGACGCACUUCAAAAUCACUUGUCAAAACACUCCAACGUUGUCCGCGGAUAAAACAACUUUCAUCAGAUUUAUAGCUAGCUGAUUUCGAUCAUACUUUGCCUGAAGUUUAUCGAUUGACAUUAUGCGUGUAAUGAAACAACUGAAAAUUUGAGUUAAAUUGCUUAAAUUAUUUAUAGAUAUUUUCAACAAUCUGUAGUCAUUUGUGCCACCAAUACUGUCAAAUAUAUCACCAUCGUGACGUUCGCAUAAUAAUAGCCUGAGUAGCCAGCGCCAGGAGCUUCAGCUGUGACCGAUCAACAGUUUCCAUGGAGACGAUAGAUUAGCAGCGGAGCCACGUGACCUGGGCAACGAUAGCUGGACGCGCCGUUUCGUAUGGUACCGUCGUGAUAGUGCACACUAGUGAAGCGCCUUUGUAGUAUGAAGAGCUAUCUGGUAAUUGCUAAAUAACCGUGUGAGUUGUAAGGACCAGCGUUAAUCGCUUAAAAUUGAUCGAGGUUCAGGACGACGUGGAUAGCAGUAAUAAGGAACAGAAGCUAAACAAAAGUUAACUCGCUUGCCGAUCAAGAUGGGGAAGAAAGGUAAGAAGGGAAAGAAGGGCAAGAAGAAGGAAAAGAAAGAGAAGGACAUGACUGAGGUCACAAAAGAGAUGUUUGAAAUCACUGUGAAGGACCUUACAGAAAAGCUGGAGCGCUGCCGCUCAAAAUGUGCAACUCUGGAGGAAUCCAAUACAGACCUAUCGAGCCGCUACAAUCAGCUGUCUACGGACCUAGCUGACGUCAUCAGCUUCCUAAAGCUGCGCCUGGAGCAGAAGCGUGACGAGCUGGUCGAGCUGACGGAGCGGCUGGAGGGUCUGGACGCCAUCCGCAACCAGGAGCAGCAGGAGUGUCGAGAGAUGAAGGACAAACUGGAGGGUGACAUGAAGCGCAUGCAGUCUGAGCUGACCGCCGAGGUGCAGAUGCUGACCACCAAGCUGACCUCCCUGGAGGAGUUCCGCCGGAUGCGGGAGAAGCUGUUCGCCGAGAAGAGCGAGCUGGAGCAGCAGCUGGAGCAGCAGCGACAGGACGCCGAGGAGCGCGUCUACCAGGCCAACCGGCAGCGCGUCAUCGACAGCGACCAGCUGCAGAAGGACUGCGUCAAAAACAUCGCCACCGUGGCGCAGGCGUUCCAGGAGGCCACCCGACAGCGGGUCAACCAGACCACCCACCGCACGCUGCGCGAGAACAUCUGUCUGACCGCGCAGAUGGCCCUGAUCGCCGACAAGGCGCGCCACCUCGACUCGGACAACGCGGCGCUGCGCGCCAGAGCGGUGGAGAACGGCCGCGUGCUGAGCUCGCUAGAGUGGAGCGAACAGUCGCUGGUGAGCGCCACGCGCCGGCACGAGCAGGAGCUGGCGCGGCUGCAGGACCGGAACCGGGCGCUGACGGAGGAGGUGCAGCAGCACAGCCAGCUGGCCGGCCAGCUGGAGCAGCAGCAGUGCCGCGUCAGGAAGCUGGAGGCGCGCCUGUCGCAGCAGCAGGGCCUGCUGGAGGAGGCGGCCGUGGUGCGCACCGAGCAGGCGCUGCUGGUCGAACGGCUCUCUGAGGAGCUCCAGCAGGAGACCGAGCUGCGCGCGCGCCUCCAGACGGUGGUCACACACGCCGGCAGCGUGGUGCGCCGCGCGCUGGCCGUGACGCCGGCCGGCACCGGCGGCGAGCCGCGGCGCGGCCUGCUCGAGCAGCUGCUGACCGUGCUGACUACAGCAGCCCUGCGCGACCAGCAGCACCGGCUGCGGCCGCUGCCGCCGCCGCCCGUCAACCAGCUGCCGCGCAGCCUGCGCACCGGCGCGCUGGGCAUCACCCCCGGCGGCGACGGCGCCCUCCGACUGAAGAGGGCGGACAGCCUCAUCCGGGAGCUGGAGGAGGUGGCGGCCGAGUUCCGCGACCAGUGACCGCCUUUUUUUGCGUAGUAAUGAUAUAUUCACAGCCAAGAUCAAGCCUUGAACCAGGGCAGAAUCAGGACAAGACCCUAGAUUAAUCUUAGCCUAGAAAUGCAUGAUCGCCUCAGACUGAAUGGUCUCAACUAUUGCUUUUUGUAGCUCUCAAUGAGCAGAAAUGCAACGGCGAAAAUUAUCUGCUGUUUAUGUCACCAUCAUAUCUACAGCGUGUGAAUAUUGAAACCUGCGAGCUGCC